UCCAGCCGCCGCGAUGCUUCAGAGCCUAAUGAGGACCGUGUGGACGCCCAUGAGGCCCCACUACACGCAGGUCUACCGGGAGAUCUGGGUGGGCAUGGGGCUCAGGCGCUUCAUCAUCCACAAGAUCAGGAGUGCAGAUGAAAGAAGUAAAGCUUUGAAAGGUUCGAGUCCGGCGCCCGCCCAUGGCCACCACUGACCAGCCGCUCCCGGAGUGCUGGGCACUGACCAGCGGCAGCCCUGCUGUGAAUGUCAGCAUGCUGUUCGGAGGGGCCGUGGACGGCCAGUGGACUGUAGGGAAGCCUGUCCUCGUGGCACAAAUAAAUGUCCUGUAAGAUGC